AGCACAAUAAUUUUGGUCGUGAGAUUACUGUAUCGCCAUUGGAGCGGUUCUUGAUUGCAAGAUUUGAUCGUAGUUCUUGAGUGAGCCUGCUUGUCCUGUAAAGAUGCCUAAAAUCAGAGCUGAGAAGAAGAGCCGGGUGCACGGCCAAAUCCAGCAAGGUAUCCAUUUCAAAAAAGAGUUUGGACAGCAUAUCCUGAAAAAUCCGCUGGUAAUUCAAGGAAUUGUGGACAAGGCUGCAAUCCGACCAACGGAUACCGUUCUGGAAAUUGGCCCUGGCACGGGUAACAUGACAAUGAAAAUGGUGGACAAGUGCAAGAAGAUUGUGGCGUGUGAAGUGGACGUAAGAAUGGUGGCAGAACUCCAGAAACGAAUCCAGGGAACGCCUGCUGCAAGCAAAGUUCAAUUUAUUGUUGGCGAUGUCCUGAAAACUGACCUACCAUUCUUUGACAUCUGUGUGGCCAACAUGCCCUAUCAGAUCUCAUCACCAUUUGUAUUCAAGCUGCUUCUUCACAGACCAUUCUUCAGAUGUGCUGUGUUGAUGUUUCAACGUGAGUUUGCACAGCGUCUGGUUGCCAAACCAGGUGAUAAACUCUACUGCCGCCUCUCAGUCAAUACACAACUACUAGCUACCGUUGACCACCUUAUGAAGGUUGGCAAGAAUAACUUCAAACCGCCACCACAGGUGGAAUCAAGUGUUGUCAGAAUUGAACCAAAAGUGCCUCCACCUCCCAUCAACUUCCAGGAGUGGGAUGGUCUGGUACGUGUUGUAUUUGUCAGGAAGAACAAGACACUGAGUGCUGGAUUCAGGUCUUCCGCCGUCAUGGACAUGCUUGAAAAGAAUUACAAAGUCCACUGUUCUGUGAACAGUAUUCCUGUUCCGCCAGACAUGGAUGUAAAGGAGAAAGUACUGGAGAUCCUGACAGAAUCUGGAUACGCCGAGAAGCGAGCAAGGACACUGGAUGUCGAUGACUUCCUAGCGAUCCUGAAUGCGUUCAACUCAGCUGGCUUUCAUUUCUGUUAGUGUAUGUGAUCAGUGCAAUACACUCUGGCAGCAGACCAGUUCCUGCUUGGGAUGUGGUACGGUGGAGAAGUGUAGAUUGAGUGCGGUGGUAUAUAGUGUAAAUAUUCUCUCUGCUACUUAUGCUGUGUACAUACGAUAAUGCUGCUGCUGCUGCUGUCACCGUCACUGCUAUGGACGUUGGCUUGUCUUGCUAGUUGCUGUUCAGUUCUGUGCAUGUGCAUGUGCAUGUGCAUGUGCAUGUAUUGUGUUCUGUUUGUGUAUAGUUAGUGUUGUAAGAUGUGUGUAUACUUUUGUUAGUGUUGUAAGAUGUGUGUAUACUUCUGUUAGUCUGUAUUUUACUUGUAGGGUGCAUGUCAAGGUAAAACACCAUUUUACAUAAUCUUUGUUUUAGAAAGUAAUACAGCAUGCGACGGCUGGGCUUAGUGUCGCUCUAACAGUUCUCCAAUGUACAUACCCCCCCCCCCCCCCCAUUUGUCCCAGCUGUUUAUUGAUAGAACUGGCGAUAAUAACGUUAUGCCGAAUCAAACCUUCUUUUUAUGAUAUUUAUUAUUGUGCCUUUUCAGAGUUGUGGCUACCAGUUUUGAGCUAGCCAUACUUGACUAUUGGAAUACAAAUGAGCCGUGUGCUUGUGACUGCGGUCACUAAAGCUGUGUUCAUAACUGGCA